AUGGGGGGCUCGAGGAGAGCAUUUCUGCAGGGGAAGCUGGGCAGCCUGCAGCUCUCCGAGGCCGAGAAGAAGGGGAUCAGGAUCACCGGCAGGCAGCAGCAGCAGCCAUGCCCCUCCCCGCAGGCGAGCGGCAAGAUCCAGGCGGUCGGCAAGCUCCUCUCGGAGAAACCGGCCAUAGCGCAGCACGUGGGGACGUCUCUGGGGGCGGUGUGGAGCCCCGGUUCCGGCGUCGAGUGCGAGGACCUCGGCCGAAACCGGUUCCUCUUCACCUUCCGCCAGGAGGCCGACAAGGAGAAGGCUCUGGAUGCCGGGCCCUGGAGCUUCGCCGGCCAUCUGCUGGUGAUGGAGGAUUUUGCGCCCGGAGCCACCACCGUGGACGAGCUCAGUUUCGACACGGUGCCGAUCUGGGUCAGGACGUACGGCGUCCCGGCCGGGUCGAUGAGCAGGGAGACCGGGGAGCUGGUUGGUGAGCAGGUUGGGAAGGUUCUCGAGGUGGAUACUGGCCCGAAUGCCGACUGGACGGGGGCGUUCAUGCGGAUCAAAGUGAGAAUGGACAUCACCGUGCCGAUUAUGAGGUUAGUAACAUGCUUUAUUCAGGAUGAUGAAGAGGAUUUGACGGCGCUUGGGGACGAUGAAAAGGAGGAGAAAAAGAUUGUCGCCUUCACAUACGAGAAUAUCCCCGACUUCUGCUAUGGCUGCGGAAUUCUUGAGCAUACAGAGAAAUCAUGCCCGACUGGAUCCACAAGAACGGGGCCCCGGCAGUUUGGGCCAUGGCUGAGGACAGUUGUUAUCAACAAGCGGGCCUCAGGUGAAGAGAGGACCAGGCGCUCAAAGGACAAAGCGAAAUUCUGGCCAAGUAGUAGCAUAGGCAGUAAACAGGGCAGUGAUGGGCCGUCCUGGCGGAAAGAUGUACCGAGCACAGAGGACGAUCAAGGGGUCCAGAACAAAGUAGAAAAGAAAGUUUACAAGGCAGUAAAAAGUUUGAAGCAAGAUACUUUCAAGCGAAUCGAGAGGAAGAAAGGAAUCCAGCAAAAUCUAUCACAAAUAUUUUGA